GUUCUUGCAGCCAAAAUCCAAGAGACUCGCCAUGAUGAGCCGCAAGCAGGCUGGAGCGAAAAAUGCGGCUCGUGGGUGGAGAACCUCUUUAAGGACAUCUGCUACCUGCUCAACCGCAACCAUGCCAAGACCUGGCAGGAGGCGCGAGACGACUGCGUCCGCCUCGGAGGCGACCUGCUCAGCAUCACUGACAACACGGAGCAGACCUACAUACUAGGUCUAUCCAGCGCUUAUAAAAAAAUUUCUUCUUGGUGGUUGGCCACCAACACCACAAUCACUGAAGAGGGGUGCAAGUGGACUGACGGGUCUCCCUUUCGUUAUACCCACUGGACCACAGAUAGCCCUAGUAAACCCUCUGAUGAAAGCUGCCUUUCCUUUCACACUAAACGUGAACUGGGAAAUUGGAAAUUUGACAACUGCCAGAAGAAGAGGAACUACAUAUGCAAGAAAAGAGCUCGAGGACAUAAACCGGAACCUCCACGCCAUGACGGUUUUCGGGAGAUCCUUGUGUGCAACCACCAGAAGAACGUCGAACUCUUUUGUCAGAGUAAGGGUCAAAGCGUCAUCCGCAUCCAGUCGGCCACCUACGGACGGAGGAGCGGCAGCCUUUGUCCAACUCAGAACGCAACAAAGGAGACUUGUGUGGUGCAAGGAGCCCUCCGUCAUUACAGGCAGAAAUGUGACAACCGUCAAUAUUGUCUUGCUGACCCUUAUGAGGGCGUCCGGGAGACCUGCCCUGCAGUCUCCAAAUAUCUGCACAUGGUCUACAGCUGUGAACGGAAAGUGUGUCUUGACAGUUUAGUCGAGGCGGACAAGCGCAUCGGCGACUCAGCGUUUGAAGCCUCCUCGUUUAUGAGCGACACCAGCCCAGAGAAAGCUCAAUUGAACAAGAAUUCCUGCUGGAGACCGUCACAAGAUCCCUCCACCAGCUGGAUCCAGGUGAACCUCGGUCACGUGAGAAAGGUGACCGGGAUCGUCACCCAGGGCUGUCCUCAUACUGACCAAAGGUCCUGGAUCAUCGACUUUGAGAUGAAGAUGAGUUUGGAUGGCAAAAGCUGGAAUGAACACCCGGACGAAAAGUUUACCGGAGGGGGGGAGCACCGGUUUGGCUCUGCGUUUUCCGCUCAGUACGUCCGCAUCCUGCCGCUGGAGGACAGCGUUGACUUCGGCCUCAGCUUUGACCUCUUGGGAUGCGCACGUGAUGAUGCGAUGACCUGUGACAGCACGUUCAACAGCCUCCACUUGACCAAAGCAAUGACGUUCCACUGCCCACCCAAGUGCGCCAACUCCAAACACAAUGUCACAGGAACCUUGGUCUACAAUAAGGACUCAAGCGUGUGCGCGGCCGCUAUUCACGCCGGCGUCAUUCGUAACGACAUCGGAGGAGACUGUAUUGUGAUGAAAGCCUUGGCAAAGAAGGGCUUUGCUGGCUCCACCCAGAACGGGAUCACCUCCCUCAAGAAUGCCGACUCGACGGAUGAGGCCUUCACAUUUGCAGACGGAGAGCCGAGAUGCUUGGGAGAGUCCUGGGAGGAGUUUGCGGGGUUCUGCUACAAAACGUUUGAGGACAAGAAGGAGUGGGCCGCUGCUCAAACUGACUGUAAGAAAUUGGGUGCCAAUCUGGUGUCCAUCCUUUCCGAGGUGGAGCAGACGUGGGUGAAAAGUGCUUCCGCCCUCGACACCAGCGAUAUGUGGACCGGACUGCAUGACCAGACUGUCCUCGGCAUUUUUGAGUGGUCGGACCGCCACGAGGUGACCUUCGCCGACUGGGCCCCGGAAGAACCCAAACACUUGAAAAAGGACUGUGUGGCGAUGUCGCAAAAGGCUGGAAAAUGGAAGCAGAUGACCUGCAAGAUAGCCAACAGCUUCAUGUGCAAGAUGCCCAAAGUGCAUUAUGCAAUCACCUCAGAGAAGACAGAGGAGAGCCAUUCUGGUGACAGCGUACGCUUGCACAGAAGCAAGCUCACCAAGUCAGCGAAUGCACUUGGAUCAAUGAUCAAGCUGAAGGGAGGUCUCCGUGUGAACAACGUCAUCACCAUCACAGGACGAGCAAAUAAAUUGGCAGAUUGGUUUAAAAUCAACCUGUUUGUGCCUGAUGACGAAACCGACAACGUGGUCGCGCUGCUCCUCAAGUUGAAUUUUGUAACCAAGAAGAUUUGGUUGUACUCCAGAGUGAACACAACUUGGAACGAAAGAGAGGAGCAUCCCAUGCAAAGCUCUGGACGUGGACAAGAAGUCAAGGUUGUCAUCAAGUGCGCCGACGAUCAUUUCCAGAUAACAAUCAACGGCCUCGACGAGGUGACUUACAAAUACAGAGAGGCCAAUCUACAAAGCAUCACGCAGAUGAUCGUGUGGGGUCACGUCUCCAUCAAGGACAUCAAGCAAAGCUCCGCUUUGACCAGUCUGCGCUAAAAUGUGAGGACAGACGUCGUCAAAGUGUUCAAAUUAUUUUUGGCACAGCCUUUUCCACCAGCUACAGAUGGUUUGUGGGAUAAUUGUACAAAAGUAACCACUUUAUAGUUUGAUCUAAUACUUAAUCUUAGUCUAAUGGGCUAUUAGAAAAAGCCAGACUUUCAUGCUUUUUUUUCUUUUUGAUUGCCUUUUUGCAUCCGGGCUUUGUGUUUAUCGCAUUGAACGGACUGAAUUUGAAACGGUAAGCAAGAAAAAACGGUAAGUGUAAAAAAACGGUGAGAAAAAAACGAAGCAAAAAAGAUGUAGGUGAGAAAAACAGUAAGCACGCACUAAGCGACAAAAACACGGGAAGCAGGAAAAUACUAAGCAAAAACGUAAGUGAGAAAAACGGUAAGCGAGGAAAGAAAUUUUUUUCUCAACGGAUCUACACGAUUCACAAAAAUGAUACUUCCGACGGACAAAAACGGACUAAUUGGGAGAGAAUCGCCAAUUCUUUGUCACGUGACCGGGACGAGCGUCUUGACCUGAAUUAAUUGAUCGUCGAUAAAAGUUUUUUUUUUUUUUUCCUGUGCGGCUUGGCGGCCCGGUACCAAGUGACCCAUGGACCAGUACCGGUCCGCGGCCCGGUGGUUGGGGGCCCCUGAUCUAUAGCAUAGAAAACGUCUACAUCUAGAAAACGUCUAAAAAACGUUCACUUUUAGACCUUUUUAGCCGGGUUUUAGCCUAGACGUCUAGGUAGACGACAAAGUGCUCACAGGGCAGUCUCUCUGAUUAGUUUGACAGCACAGUGGAUUGACUUUCACCCCACAAAGAGUCGUUUUACAUGCAAGAAAAAAACCUUCCACUUACAUUUUCCAAGUAGGCAUUAGUGUAGCUAACAGAACGUUUUGAACAAACAAGGUUAUGCCGUUCUCAGUCUUUUUUUUUUUUUUUUUGCAAAGAAUUUAUGUAGAAGAGGUUCUUAUUAUAAAGUAAUAGAAAAAUGAGAUAUUCAAAGUAGACUGUUA